AUGGCGGCAUGUCACUACACCACCGAAGGAGGGCGCGGCACCAACAACCCCCUCCAGCACAAGCCCCUCAUGCAGCAGGACUGGUCCUACCCGUGGAGGGGCCACGUCGCUGCUUUCUGGAGCCGAAUGGCCUCCUUCUGGGAACACCCGAAGAGACACCUUCGGCGAAUUGAGGCGUUGGUGGGCAAUAUGCCUCCCGAUGCGGUGGAGGCAACUGCCCUCCACCUUAAGGCGCAGGGGAUUGAGGCCUCCUCUCCCCAAGACUUCCUCUGCGCCCUUGGCUCGGCGAGGGCCGGCCUUCAACCCUUUCAGUGGUCCGACAGCUCCGCGACGAGGAGCAGCAACGGGCCCGGAAGGCAGAGACCGACGCGGUGGUCGAAUGGCUCGUGA